AUGUCUGACCCAAAAAGAGGCAGGAGUGCCUCUUCUGACGAUGAACAGAAUGACGAUGGCUUUAGGGAAGCAAAUGUGGAGCCUCGGACACCCUCGCCGGACGGCAGCCCAUAUAACGAUGAUGAUUUAGAAGGACACCACCUAGAGCUCCCAGACCGUUCCGAUACGGAGGUAGUCGAAAGUGAGACGGAAAGGCAGUUACUUAAGCCGAAUGGUAAGGAGGGGGAGAAGCUUUCCAGAGCUGAAUAUUUGCAGGAGUUAGAGGCAUAUGCGGAUACGGGUCUCCAGAACACGCCCGACAUCCCCUUCACCACACUGUACUACACAAGCGACAAUUACCUGGUUACAGUGUAUCUUGGGGUACGUAUCAUCAACUCUCAUGCACCUCGUACGAGGCCAGCAGACAAGGACGUGAAUGACCAGUCAAACGGCUGUACGGAGGAUGAUUUGGAGAAAGCCAAGGCUGAUGACUUGCAGAUAUAUCACGAUGGCAUUCCGUGUUUCUUCUCCGACAAGCAUGCGGAGUACACACAAGCUUUCGAGGCUGGGAAGACAUUCAAUGAGGAUAUUGGGCCGUUCAUUGGGAGGGCAUUCCUGUACAAGGUUCAGACUGAUGACAUCCACUUUGACGUUCACGAUGAUCUCACUGUAGACAUUGUGGACGGCCACUUUCAUGGAGGAGAGUUUAAAGUGCCGCAACUCAAUGCUCGGCUCAGAUUUCGCUCAGGCAAUGUUUUCCUCGGGUUCACCCCAUUUUUGGCCCAUAGAGUCUCACCUUAG